UUUGGAAAAAAGGUGGGCGGGGAGACAGCACCGCCCACCCCGAAGCGAGUCAAUCAUGUCAGUUUCCUCAAUUAGAGAUGGAAGCGGAAGACACGAAACGGUUACGGUGCUUAUUUACGUUAAGAAGUCUUACGUUGACAAGUAAUGUACCGUGUGCCGACUCACCGGUGCCCGCUUCACGAUGAACCACUACCAGGGUGGACAUGGCGGGAAGCCCGCCUGGAUCCUGCUGGCUGCGACCUGCCUGCUUAGCGCCAACACCGCCCGGGGAUCUCUGCUGCUGACCCCGCAGGUGUUUCUGGAAAAAUAUGGCUACCUUCAUGACAACAACCACUUCCACAAUGCAGCUGAGAUGCAGUCAGCCAUCCGGGACUUCCAGUGGUUGUCUCGCCUGCCCAUGACGGGUGAACUGGACAGCGCCACCCUGAGGCAGAUGGCAGAGCCUCGCUGUGGCGUGUCUGACCAGGUCAGCCAGCAGAUCUGGGCCAAGAGGGUAAACAUCAAGCGGACUGCAAGGAGUGCUACCCUGGGGCCGCAGUGGCGCCGCAGGAAACGCUUUGCAGUAAAAGCGGACAAGUGGUACAAGCACCACCUGGCCUACCACAUAGUCAACUGGCCCAGCCACCUGUCUCCGGGCUCCGUGCGACUGGCGGUGAACGCCGCCUUCCAGCUGUGGAGCAACGUGUCGGGUCUGGUGUUCCGGGAGGCCCCCGAGGGAGCCGCAGACAUCCGCCUGGCUUUUUACGAGGGGGACCAUAACGACGGGGCCAGCAACGCCUUCGAUGGACCAGGGGGAACUCUGGCUCACGCCUUCCUGCCUCGCCGAGGGGAGGCCCACUUCGACAUGGCGGAGAGGUGGACGCUGAACGGACACAAGGGCCACAACUUGUUCCCGGUGAUGGCCCACGAGAUCGGGCACACUCUGGGGCUGGAGCACUCGCCCGUGCGUCACGCCCUCAUGUCGCCUUACUACAGGAAGCUGGGUCGCCGCCUGCUGAUGAGCUGGGACGACAUCCUGGCCGUGCAGCAACUCUACGGUAAGCCGGCAGGUGAUCGAGCUGUGCGGCUGCCAGGUGAGGUGCUGCAUGCCGCCCUGCAGGAGUGGGAGUCCACGGACGUUCUCAACAGGCAAAACAAUGGCCGCCCUCUCUACUGCCAGUCUGGGCUGUUUGACGCCGUCACUGCUGACCAGAACGGGACGACGGUGGUGUUCCGAGGCGGCGUGUACUGGACUAUAUCAGCUGACGGCGACGUGAGCGGCCCGCUGCCUCUCCGCAGGACCUGGACCGACCUCCCGAUGGCCAUCGAGGCGGCGGCUUUCUCCCCGCCAGACGCCAAGUGGUUCUUCUUCAAGGGGAGGCAGGUGUGGCGUUACUCGGGCCGAGUCCUGGACGCAGGUUUCCCCAAACAUGUCAUGGAGUCGGGCCUCCCUCGCCGCCCGGACUGCGCCUUCUACUACGCCCCCCUGGGUCACAUGGUUCUGUUCAAGGGCGCGCGCUACUUUGUCCUCAACCUGCAAACCCUGCGCCAGGAGCCCUACUACCCCCGCAGGCUCAAAGACUGGACGGGCGUGCCACGGGGCACCAAUGGGGUCCUGAGCCGUCCAGACGGCCGCCUCUACAUGUUCAGGGGACAGCAGUACUGGACCUUUGACCCCCACAAGGUGCGAGUCACUCGGGUGGGUCAGUGGGCCAAAGAGCUGAGCUGGAUGGGUUGUGGUCAGCUUCCUGGGAGCAAUACCAUUCUUUGACCAGCAGAGGGAGCUCUAACUUUUCUAUUAACUUAUGAACAGUGCAGUAUUUUGCUUUCAUUACGUUUUAUUCUUGUAUUUGCACAUUUGAAAUGUAAACACGUACGAUGGACGACAUUUGAAGAGACAGCACAAGUGUUGAAGGCUGAAAAGUCAACUGAUUUAUGGAUCAGCCCGACAUUUGAUCGAUGGCUGAUCAAUAAGCACAUGAAGGGAUGACGACACAGCUGAGACAUUUUGACAUUUGGAGGCCGAGGCAGACAUUUUAUUCACUUGUUCAGUCUCACAGUUGAACAUUUAGCAUGUCCAACAUCAAAUACUGCAGGAAGAAUUGUUACUUUAACUUUUAGUGUGAAGAAGUUUGCUAUCCACAGAACUACAAUUGCACAAAUAUUACUUCUAAAUAUACAAACAAUACCAUUUGGACAUAAAACAACUCUAAUAAUCUCCAGGAUGGAUUUCUGUAAAUGUUGCAGCAAAACAUUUAGGCUCCUUUUCAAUAACAAUUCAUGUAGUUUUAGUAUGAAGACAUGAGGAACAUGUCCGGGUUGAAAUAUUAUACACACAAUAAAAAUUGGCAAAUAUUAGAAAUUAGAUAAUUAACCAUUAUAUUUACAACCUUAUUCCAAAAUUGAAUGCAUUUGUGUCCUCAAAAUUCAACACACAAUACCCCAUAAUGACAAUGUGAAAAGGCUUUUUUCAAUGAUACAAUUUUUUUUUUUUAACUUUUCACAUUGUCAACAUGGGAUUUUGGGUGUAGAAUUGUGAGAACAAAAAUGUAACAAAAUGUGGGAAAUACUGUGGUCUGUAUGGCUGCACUUUUUUUCAUACAGUAUCGGUGAAUCUGAUCAACUAAAAUAAAAGGAUUUGAUUUGGUGGGGAGGUAAAACACUACAAUAAGUGUGGGUGGGUGAGGGUUCUGUAAACUUCCCCUGCGCUCAAUGUAAACAAACAUGGCGUCAAACGCGUGGGACUUUGUGUCACUGUUUCAUCUUAGUCAGCACGACACCAUUCUUGGGAUGACGAUUCCAGUCAACAAUUUUCUGGCAAUGGGUUAUUUAUUACAAUAAGUAUAAUACAACUAGUUCAAAACAGGUGUGAAAAGAUCCAUCUGGUUGCAUGGUCUCAGCCUAAAACAGUCUUUUUUUAGAAUUUGAUUCUUCAAAAAUAAAAAAUUUGUUCCUUCAAUUUCAACCUCAAAAGGGACAAGCGGUAGAUGGAUGGAUGGAUUUUUAAAAAUGAUAAUCCAUUUUGAAUUGGCAUAAAUAAAAAUUUUGAUACGGA